AUGUCAUCCUCGUUUGUUGGGACAACGGUACGCCUCACGCCGCGAGAGGGCGCACCUUUUUUUGGAACUAUUCUCUCUGUCGAUCCAAAAACUGCUACCCUUUCUCUUCGUAGGGCAGAUACGAGUGAUGUGGUCUCUGUGAGGCGUGAGGACCUGAUUGAUGUCAGCACGGUGACGCUCCAAACACCGUCUCCAGCGACAAGGCCAGAGCUCUCCGAUAAAAAGAAGCGCAAUCGCAAAAAGUCCGAGCGUACUGGAUCACCAGCCCCAGGUGCAGUGUCAAAAUCAGCACCAGAAACGGUUCCAGCCCCAGCGUCGUCAGCGUCACGUCCUUCGGUCAGAUCCUCAACGCCAACGGACGCCCCGACGUCUGCUGUCGACGAAGAGUUCGACUUUGUGAAGAGUGCUCAGAACUUCGACAAGAAAAAGAUUUGGGACGAAAUCCGAAACCAGGAAUCGUCGUCGAAUGCGCAACUCCUCGUUGACAUCAACCGUAAUCCCGCCUUGCAUCAGACUGCCUCAAGCACCCCAUCCCAAACCAGGCAGCCGAUGCUCGCUGCAGACGAGUCUGUACUAGAUGAUGCAUUGAACGAGAAAGAAGCACGUCUCGCUAAGAAUGACACACUACGCAAUGCAUUAGACAUGGCUCGCGACGAAGUGGAACGUCUGCGCACACAGCUGGCUCUAUCCGAGGCCUUAUCAGGUGUGCAUUUGGAACCGCUGGACGAUGGUGCGUACCAGGUGAGUAUAUUCCGCGAUGGCUGGACGUCUGCAGCGCACUGGCGUCGAAAGCAUACGGGCGGUGAUAGUGUGGGUCCUGAGGGUGCAUUGCGAUACUACUUAAACGCCCCGGGUAUCAAAGACACAGAAAACGUGUCGCUGGGUUAUGAGGGUCCAGAUCGUAUGGCUAGUGAUCCAAAUGUGCUGGAUGCUUUGCCCGAACACUUCCAGGCAGGCAACAUCAAAGUUAAGCUUGAUAAUGCGCCCAUGUUUCAUCAGCGUCUGUACGAUGUUCUUCGUGGGGCAUAA